UUAGAAUUGGUGACGAUUUUUGUUCCGCAGAGACUCUGCCGGAAGUCCGAAAAGCGAUGACCUUUUUGAAGAUCUUCAACUACCUUCUGCGAUCUUCUCCGCUUUAUAUACUCCUUUGACUCUCGCUUUCACUUUUUCCAAUUUCUCUUUCUUUCUCCGUCUCUAUUGUGAAACGUAGACCUUAGAACGUCCACCUGUUAGCUCUCCUUCACUGCGCGUACCAGGUACCAUGCAGAUUCAUGACUAGCAAUUCAUGUUUCCAAACUCUAUCCUGAAACCGCUGGUCAGAAAUAGGGAUGGUAUUGAAUGGUCUUUUCUGUAGUAGAUACCGCAGAAGGCAUUUAGAAAUUGUUCUGAUCCAUAAGCUUCUUUAAAGUCAACUUCCGUUACAUUACUGCUCGCUCUGAACGAAGUUCUUGGGUGGGUUGGCACUGACUUCGCACUAUGCCAGCUAUACAGAAGCUGUAUGAAGCUUGCAAACUAUCCUUCUCUCCAAAUGGACCAAUUUCAGAGGAAGCUAUUGAAAAAGUUCGUGCUAUGUUAGAUAAGAUCAGACCUUCUGAUGUAGGUCUUGAACAGGAGGCGCAGUUGGUACGUGGGUGGAAUGGUUCUACACAUGGUAUUAAUGGGAAGAAAGGACGUAAUGGGAGCCAUCAGUACCUGCCUCCAAUCAAAUAUCUGCAUUUACAUGAGUGCGAUAGCUUCUCUAUAGGAAUAUUCUGCAUGCCACCGUCAUCUAUCAUACCCCUUCACAAUCAUCCUGGGAUGACUGUGUUGAGCAAGCUUCUAUAUGGUUCAUUAUAUGUAAAAUCGUAUGACUGGCUUGAUUUACCUGGGCCUGCUGAUCUAUCGCAAGCAAGGCCUGCAAAGAUUGUUAGGGAUUGUGAGAUGACUGCUCCAUGUGGGACAACAGUCCUUUACCCAGCUAGUGGUGGCAACGUCCAUUCUUUCAAAGCCAUAACACCCUGUGCUCUUUUCGACAUUCUUUCACCGCCUUACUCUUCUGAAGAUGGACGACACUGCUCUUAUUUCCGAAAGUCCCCAAGAAAGGAUGUACCCGGCAUCGAUGAGUCAAAUGGAAUAAACGCUUCCGAAGUGGCUUGGUUGGAAGAGUUUCAACCCCCUGACAACCUUGUUGUUCGGCGAGGGGUGUACAAGGGACCCAUUAUCAGAACUUGAGGGAUUUUAGGUUGUGGGUGUACAAUACCAUUAAUGAGAUAAGCUCCAAUUAUUGUAGGCAUCAAAGAGGUGAAUGCUAGUAUAUGGGUUGUUGGUAGGUGGUAAUAAUUACUGUAAUUGGAAAUGUAAGUUGGUCAUUUUGGGUUUGUACAUAUGUAUGUAUACUUGUGAAAUUCAUCCAUUUAAUGAUUACAGGUAGGGGAUGAAUUGGUGCUUCUCACAA